AUGUCUGACUGGUACGUGUCAUUUGAAGAGAUCCUUGCUGAGCACAAGGAGGAUUUCUUAGAGGCAAACAAUCCACAAUCGACACAUUGCCGUCAGAUUCUCAGAGAAGUACGAGAUGAAAUUGUCGAGCUUCACAAGUUGCAGGAUGAUCCUGUGGAUGUGCCAAAGGCUCUAAAACGAGCUAUUAGACGUCACUAUGUCCAAUUUAUUGAGGAUGAGGAAGACCGAAGGGCCGAGGAGGAGCUUUUGAGAGAUGUUCGAGAGGAAGAUCAGCCUGGCGUGUCGUUGGAAGAGAGAGAAGCAAAUGCUCGCCCCAAGGAUGCUUCCUUCUACAAGAAGAAGCUUACUGAUUGGGAUGUGGCCCUAAAGCUCUUCAAGCAGGAGAUCAACGACUAUGACAAGGAUGAGCAACAAAAGAUGGGGGUGCCUCAUUCUAUCAAGUACCGGACGGGACAUGCAAGGCAGUGGUUCAAUCAUAUGAUCUCUGCACAACAGAAUGAAGUUCAGCAGGCGAGGGAUAAGUGGAAUGAGGAGGGUGCUCCUGCAGAAUCUCAGGCCAUUCACAAGAAAGCCCCCGAGAUGUCUUUGAGUGUCUCCAUCCAUGAGUCUGAACCUCUCAUGUGCAAAAGGCAUUUACAGUCAGUUCACGAGGAAAUAAGGAAUGGGCGGCCGAUGGCUUCAAAAAAUUUUCAGAGUGGUCAAAGGCGGAAUUUUUAUAUACUUAUGUACCCAACUCAACUAGACCCUGCCGACAAUGACGAUGACGAUGACAACGACGAGGAUGAAGACAAGGAUGUGAAGCCACCCCUACCUGAAGUUGUAUUGGACAAGGAUGGGUUCGCAAAACUACCUUCACGGACAGGUGUUACCCUCAAUGGGCAGCAAGAAUUAGUUCGUCAAAUUUUCCACGCAUCAUAUAGUGUCUCCUUUGUAGAAGUCUUCACUGGCAGCAUCAAGCCAGUACCUUGGGGUGUGAUCAGCGCUGAUCCUGCAACCUACAUAGAUCUGGAUUGUGUCCCCAAGGACUUUGUCUUCAGGGACCCGUCUCACAUGAGCAUAUCUUGCCUGCGCAAAGGUCUACCGAGCAUACAGAGCAGUCCGGCUGACAGCCUGGCCUCCAACACUUCAGCCGGUGGGAGGUCUACCAAGCAUAUGGAACGGCCGGCCGAUGACAAGACCUUCAAUGCGUCAGCCAGCCCUAGGCCUACCAAGCGUAUGAAGAGGCCGGCCGAGGAGUCAGACAGCUCCGAUGAUGAUGAGGCUGGAUGGCUGGCCAGGCCAUCCCUUGCUCAGCAUGGGGCACCUGCAGCUGUGCCAAUGAAAGACCGCAUGAAGUUUUUGCGGGAUCUUAGCAGCAAUGACGAAUACCGGCAUUUUAUUGAGGGCAUAAGGGACUUGAAAAAGGAUCAAACCUCUGAGCAUUCAGAGGGAUGGCCCACCUGGGCAAUGUGGUCUUGGGAAAGGUCGUACCUUCCCAACACCAUGCACUCCUUGGACCGGGAGCUCCAGGAGUCCUUGGAGAUCAUCAAGGCUGCCAAGAUCUCUGGCUCGAUGUCGGCCAUGCGGGUGGCCCUUGGCCUUGGGAUGUUACUGAGGGAAUGUAAGCGAGCCAUCGAGUACGAGGCUGAUGAAGCCACUCCCGAUAUCCCCUCCUAUAUUAGCACCUCGACCUUGGAUACCACAUGCCUUGACCUUGUCAUUGACGCACUCAACAAAGCGAGAGGAGUAGUAGUCCGAAUGUCCAAGGUGAGGGCAGUUCCGCAGGUGGAGGAGCCUGCUCAUCAAGAAGGAAGUGAACCUGGAAACACUGCUAAGACCACUGCAGAUAGAGGUGAGGUGAUACUGGUGGAUCUGGUGGAUAAGUCCAACCACGAGGAAACGGAAGAGGAGGUGGAGAUAAGAUGGGAGCUGGAAUGGGAAAUGCAGUUGCUGGACGAGCAGAGAAAGAAGAUGGUGAUGAUGACGGAGACGGUGAGAAUGCUUCACGAGGAAAAGGAGAAGCUAGAGAAGGAGAACCGUGUGCUCGAGAAAGAAAUCGUGGAUCAACAGAUGGAGCAGGUUGAAGAGGGUCAGGAGGCUGUGGGAGAUGAAGUGGAGCAGGGGGAUGACAAGCAGAAGGAGGUCGACGAGGAGGAGCAGGAGGUCGAGCAGAGAGGGAAAAGCAGAGGGGGAACAAAAGACGCAAGUUGGGGGGAUCACAAACUGUUUCCAAACCCAAGACCAGGACUGACAAUAUUCGCCGAUCUUCCAGACCUAGACUUCCCUCCAACAAGGCCUUGCAUAUUUGACUUUGAGUAG